AUGGCAGCCACUGACCUACCCCUCAUAUGGGCUCUGCCAACCCAGAAUUCUGCCUCUUUAUACGUGAGAGAUAAUGAGGGAAAAAGAGUAGUGGCCAAAUUUCCAGCAACCUGGUUACAGGUACCUGUGACUGUUAAAGAUGUGGCUGUGGAGUUCACCCAGGAGGAGUGGAUGAUGCUUGAUUCUGGUCAGAGAAGAAUUUACAGAGAUGUGAUGUUGGAAAACUAAAAUCUUACCUCACUGGAAUAUCAGUUAUGGAAGUUUAUUGUGAUCUCCCUGUCAGGUCAAGAAGAGAUAAGAACUAUGAAAAAGAUUAUUCUCCAAGAUACCUAUACAGACUAGGAGAUUCAACUUAAAACCAAAAAAUCAACUCCUACGCAGAAUAUUUUUAGGGAAAAAUCAUCCAAUGGAGUGAAAAUGAUAAGAUUCAUAAUGGACAAUUGGUCCUCCACAUUAAGUGAAGACCAGGAAUGUCAUAAGAUCAGAAAACAGCACAAGAUCCCAGGACGAAAUUUGAGGAAAGUACCCAAAAGAAAACAGCAUCUUAGAUUAUUUGACCAUCAUGAAUUAGAGGAAAACUCUAAACUUGGAUCAAAACUUGUUUUCUCAAAGAGAGUUUCCACCAGUAAACAUUGCCAUAAAUGUUACCUAGAUUUUGAGAAUUUGAAACAUAAUUCAAUCCUAAAUAAUUACAAGAGGAUCUGUGUAAGUGGGAAGCUCUGUGUGAAGUCAUAAAUAUGUAGACCUCUGUGACAUCUUGAAAAAACUCAGACAGCACAAAAAUAUGCAAGCUUCAAGCAUGGUAUACACUUCAAACAUAAUAAUAUGCUUCCUACUUAUAAUAAUUUUCAUAUAAUGGAGAAUUCCUAUGAAUGUAAUAAAAGCAAGAAUUUUUGUCAUCAUCCAUCCCAUAGGCAAUAGGAACAAACUCCUAAUGGAGAGAAAUGUCAUGAAUGUAAUCAAUGUGGGAAAGCCUUCAGAAGACCUUGUAAUCUUAUUUUGCACAAGAAAAGUUGCAUGGAUGAAAAGCAAUAUGAAUGUAAAGAAUGUGAGAAAGUCUUCAACAAUUCCUCAACCCAAAGGAGACAUGUAAGAACUCACACUGGUGAGAAGCCAUAUAAAUGUAACCUGGGGAAAUGCUCUAGUCAAAAAACACCUCUUGCUCAGGUGGGAACUCGUACUGGAGAGAAACAUUAUGAGUGUAAUCAUUGUGGAAAAUCCUUUGGCACAAGUUCUUACCUAAUAGUGCACAAGAGAAUACACACUGGGGAGAAACUCUAUGACUGCAGUGACUGUGGAAAAGCCUUUACUACAAGCUCGCACCUUAAAGUUCACAAGAAAAUACACACUGGAGAGAAUCACUACAAAUGCAAUGACUGUGAGAAAGUUUUUAGUGGUCUCUCAUCCCUUAAAAUACUUGUGAGAAUUCAUACUGGAGAGAAACCCCAUCAAUGUAAGGAAUGUAGGAAAACCCUCAGUGUUUCUUCUUCCCUUAGGAGAUAUGUGGGAACUCACACUGGGGGAAAAUCCUAUGAAUGUAUUCAAUGUGGGAAGCCUUCAGUUGGAGUUCUUCACCGCAAGAGAAACUCUACAAAUGUUAUGAAUGUGGGAUUGAUUUAUUCAUUGUCUUGA